GCAUUAUUUGAUGUGUGCAGAUAAACGAAAAUGCUGUGCCUUUUGGUAAUUACAUUCCUCUCGUUGAUACAUUCACUUGAAACUGAAAAUGUGAAGGUUCCUAUUUCAGAGAAAAGUAUUACACCACCAACUAUAGAGUUACCCUAUUUCGAAGCUCCCUACCCUUUUAACAAAUGGCUAGAAUUUUUCCUGAAAUUCUUUAAUCUUGGUUGUGUACUCGGUCGAAUCUGGGAUGUCGGUACUGGAAACUUCUUUUCGAAAAAUUAAUUAUAAUAAUAAGAGGCAUAUUCAUCUUUCUAAAUAUGUA